GGCAUGUCGCAAGCACAGGCGGUUGGCGACUGAUUGACGCGAAAUGUUCACAGGCAACAUCGAUGCAAUUUUUUUGUUGCCACUGCCGGGAGAUUUCUGUCGAACUACUGAUUUCUGGUCAAUUUCAUUGAAGACUGGAGAAGCGGAUAAAUCAAGGUCGCUUGUUUGGGAACAAGCCGAGGAAGACCUACUCUGUCCAGAACCAAAUCGAAGUGAAAGCAGCUCAGGGAAGUGCAGAUGUUCUUCUCUUUCUCUCUUAAUCCUGGCGUUUCUGAAUUGAUCGGCUUAUUUCGAUUGUUUCGCAAGGAUGUGCUUGCAAAAUUUUACCUGAGCUAAGAUGAAAAGGAUUUCCAAGCGAGUCAAGCUGAUAACAAUUUCAGUGAGGUACCUAUAACUUCUACAUAUUGCUUCUUGGUGGGUUUAGACUAGGCAAUAUCGUUUUCGUGAGACUUCUUUCGUAUCUUUUUUGUGCCGUAAGGUAUUUCUUCAUGUCGACCUUGUUCUUGUAACAAACGUGCUCAAGGAUCUGUUUCUAUUGUAUCUUAAUUUUUGAG